CUUCUCUCACCUUAUUACACACUUGCACACAUUCCCUUAUCUCUCACUUCAUUUUACUCUCUUUUCUCAUUCUCUCUCCCUCUGUUUCUCUCUCCUUCCACUCGAAACAAACACAUCCUUAUCUGUCUGCCUGAAAAAAAUGGCUGAAGAAUCUUCCAAUCCUGCUCUACCACCAACGCCUCCACCGCUAGAAGAUCACACUCCACCACCUGCGGUGGAAGGAAAGGAAAAAGAAAUAGAAACCUCGCCGCCGGCUCCACUACAUGUAGCGGAAGAGGCUGACUCAAAAGCCGUAACAGAAAAGGAGGAACCUCCACCGCCAUCUACGCCGCCGCAAGAGUCUAAAUCACUGGCCGCGAUGAUGGAGAAAGAAGAAUCUUCCUCCUCAUCGCCUCCGCCUGCAUCAAUUGCGGCUGCUAUAGAGGAGAAAAGUGAAGAGUCGAGUGAAUCUGUAGUUAAUAAAGAAGAGGUUGUUGUAGUCGAGGCUGCUAAAGAGAAGCAAAUGGAAGAGCAAAAGAUUCCUCAAACUUUGGUUUCUUUCAAAGAAGAAAGCAAUAAAGUAGCUGAUCUCUCCGACUUUGAAAGAAAAGCUUUGGAAGAACUAAAGCAUUUGGUUCAGGAAGCUUUAAACAACCACAAAUUUAGCUCUCUACCACCGAAAGAAGAGAAACAGGAAAUUAUACAACCAGCACAAACAACUGAAGAAAUUCCACCUGUGUCCUCUGUAACCUUAUCGGAAUCUGAUGUUAGUACAGAAAUUAAACCACCAGUAGCAGAAGAAGAGUCAAAAGUUGAAGAAACUCAACCAAAGGAAGAUCAAGAACAAGAAGAAGGUGCUAAAAAAGAAGAGCCAAUUGUUACAUCUCCACCAGAAGAAAUCUCCAUAUGGGGGAUUCCACUUCUGAAAGAUGAAAGGAGUGAUGUUAUACUCCUGAAGUUCUUGAGGGCUAGAGAUUUUAAAGUUAAAGAUGCAUUUGUUAUGAUCAAGAACACAAUCAGAUGGAGAAAGGAGUUCAAAAUUGAUGAGCUUAUUAAUGAAGAUCUUGGUGAUGAUUUGGAGAAAUUUGUGUUUAUGCAUGGUAGUGAUAGGGAAGGGCAUGCAGUGUGUUAUAAUGUGUAUGGAGAGUUUCAAAAUAAAGAAUUGUAUCAAAAAACAUUUGCUGAAGAGGAAAAUCGAUUGAAGUUUCUUCGAUGGAGGAUUCAGUUCUUGGAAAAGAGUAUUAGGAAGCUUGAUUUUAGUCCUGGUGGUAUUUGUACUAUUUUUCAGGUUAAUGAUCUCAAGAAUUCUCCUGGACCUGGAAAAAGAGAGCUUAGGUUGGCUACAAGACAGGCAUUGCAAUUGCUUCAAGAUAAUUAUCCUGAGUUUGUAGCUAAACAGGUGCUCAUCAAUGUGCCUUGGUGGUAUCUUGCUUUCUACACAAUGAUUAGUCCAUUCAUGACCCAGAGGACCAAAAGUAAAUUUGUAUUUGCAGGCCCAUCAAAAUCGGCUGAUACACUUUUCAAAUAUAUAUCACCUGAACAAGUCCCUAUUCAGUAUGGUGGCUUGAGCGUGGAUUACUGCGAUUGCAACCCGGAAUUUACAGUCGCUGAUCCAGCAACUGAGAUAACUGUUAAACCAGGAACCAAGCAAACUGUGCAAAUUAUAAUUUAUGAGAAAUGUGUUAUUGUUUGGGAAAUCCGGGUUGUGGGCUGGGAGGUGAGCUAUGGUGCUGAAUUCGUGCCUGAGGCUAAAGAUGCAUACACAGUUAUCAUACAGAAACCCACAAAAUUAGCUCCGACCGACGAACCAGUGAUCACUAGCAGCUUUAAAGUUGGUGAACUCGGUAAAAUAUUGCUUACAGUGGACAAUUCAACAUCAAAGAAAAAGAAACUACUUUACAGGUUCAAGAUCCAACCUUUCUCAGAUUGAGAAUUUCACUGUACGCAGUCCCUUUGGUUUUGAAUACUUGGAUGUGGAAAUUCAAUUAAUUUGUCUCUAGUUUUUUUGGGUGAUAUUUUUAUCUUUCACUUUUCUUUUCUGCUGUUUUUUGGCUUCGGUUCUGGCCUUCUGGAUGGGGCAACAUGGCUGGUGGUGAAUAGCACAUGGGGUUUGGACUUUGGUUUCAUUUUUGUCAAUCAUUUUGCGCAAACAAACAUAAAUGAGGGUAAACGGAGAGAAAUGUUGUCGUAAAACUUAUUUGAGGUAUUUUGUGGUGUACAUUUAUGUGGAUGUUUGUAUUCUGAGACUCUUUGUAGUAAUGUACACUUUAGGAUAUAUAUUUUUAUAUUAUUGAUUGAUUGACAUAUUUAAAAAACCUUCAUUGUCCUUUGUAAUUUAUCUUCCUCUAAA